AUGGCGCGGGACGAGAGAGACCGCUCGAGUUCUAGGCGGAGGACAGACGGCGCUGAUGAACGCGACAGAGACAGAGACAGAGAUAGAGACAGAGACAGAGACAGGGACAGAGACAGAGACACAGGCUGUUCGCGGAAGCGGGCGCACCGGAGCAGCAGCCGGGACAGUUUGCGGGGGAAGCGGCGGGACCGUCGGGAGCGGGAAGUGAAGGAAAUGAAUAAAAUGAAGGAAAUAAAUAAAAUAAAAGAAAUAAAAAAAGAAAAAGAAAUAAAUCAUUUAAAAGAAAUAAACCAUUUAAAAGAAAUAAACCAUUUAAAAGACAACAACAACUCCAGAGACAGGCACUACCGCCGGCGAGAAAGGGACUCUUUCUCCUUCCGCGAAAGAGAACCGGAGCAGCAGCAGCAGCGCAGCAGCAGCAGCAGCAGCAGCAGCAGCAGCGCAGCAGCAGCAGCAGCAGCAGCAGCAGCAGCAGCAGAGAAGGAGACUCUCGAGGACUUGGCGCUGGAAGGAGACACUUUUCUCUCCGACGAAGAAAGAGACCGCCGCUUCCUCGAGGAACGCAGGAGGAGACGCGCAGCACUUCUCGCCAAAAUCAGCAGCAGCAGCAGCAGCAGCAGCAGCAGCAGCAGCAGCAGCAGCAGCGGGGACCCGCCAGCAGCAGCAGCUGCAGCAGAUGGCUCGCAGCAGAGCCGGCCCGCCUCCGGAGGCGACACUCCGCAGCAGCGCGCCACAGACGUGAGGGUUUAUCAGGGUUUACGAGGGUUUUUUUGUUUAGGGUUUAGGGUUUAG